AUAUAUUUGUUGCAAAACUUGCCUCAGUAAGUCAAACAAACAAAUACAAGCUAAAUAAUAAUAAUAAUAAUAAUAAUAAUAAAACAAAGGAACAACAACUGGCCACAGCAGAAAUGGAUGAGUUUUACCGAGAAGUUUCGGAAAGCAAGUUACCAACGGUCAGUGGAAUAUUAGAAAAAGAUGUCCAUUUGAUUUGGGAAUGUGUAUCAGAUUUCAUUGAGAAACAAAUGUCUCUUCACAAAGGUGUACAUAUCAGCGGGCUUGGUACAUUCAGCUUCUCUCAGCAGAAAAUAGAUACAGGCAACAAGCAAAUGUCCCUCAGUCGUCCUGUGUUUGUCUUUUCAGAGCGUCUAAUUUCCUCCCUGGGUUUGACUUGUACCAAACCCUUCACUCCAGGUAACAUACAUAUUGUGAACAUGAAUUAUGCCACUAUUGCAUUUGAGACUAAUUUCUCCAGAGAUGUUGCUGAAAAUUGUGUUAAAGAAUUACUGUCUGCAUUUUAUCGAGCAAUAAAUAAUGAGAAAAAUGUCGAUCUUAUUUUCAACAAAAUUGGUCGUUUGUCUGUGAGAAGAAAGAAGUGUAAAAUGAAAUUCUACAAACAAUUCAUUGAACUCUUUGAUAAAUCUGGUUCACUUGUUCAGGCAAUGCAACAGCGUUUCGACACACCAGAUUCUGUGGUAACAGAGAGAUCCCAAGUAAAGUCCAGUCAAAUUGUCCUUCCAUGUUCUUUGAAAGCUGCUGAAAGUCCCUGUCAGAUGAACCAAGUUCUUGAGGAAAAUUUCGAAGAGAAUGUUCCGGAAGCUCUACCUGAAGAACCACUUGUCACAGAUGAUGGAUUAGAUGAAAAUCCUUUUGUUCCUGCUUUAGAGCUUAACAUUGACAAUGUUCCUGCUGAAAACACACCUGCCCACAGCCCACCUGCAGAAUUCACCCCUGUUGCAGAUGCAGCUACUAAUGUCAUAAUUGAAAAUGUGAUGAGAACAAACGCUGAGAGGAACACAGGACCAGCGAUUUUGAUAACUGGUCAAAACAUUGCCAAUCCUGAUAUGUCUUACAGAAAUGAUGAAGUUGAGAAUUUUUCUAACCGAAGUGUUUAUUCGUUGGAAGAUACUUCAACAAAAGCACAAUAUGGUAAACCAAACUUUGCAAAGGAAGCACACACUGAAGACUUUAACAAUUGCUUUCCAGUGUUAGAAAAAUCUCGAUCUGCUGGGUCUUUAAAUCGUAGAAGAAGAUCUUCCUAUCGGCAAAGUCACACAGCACGGGAGCCAGUUGUACAAGCUUGCUGUGAACACCAUGGUGGUGGGCAGGAGAUAUGCUACUUGUGUCACCAGCGUGAACAACGGAAUGUCUACAUGCCGUUUACAGAAGAGAAAGCUCGCAGAGAUAAAGAAGAAGGUCUGCUGCUUCAGAAAUAUUCUGAAAUGAAGAACACGGAACAUCUUUUGCAGGAGAAGGAAAAGAAGGCCCAGUUAAAGCGAGAACUGCAUGACAUGCAGAAGAGUAACUUCGAAGUAGCUGAAAUGAAACAUGCAAGAAAGAAAGAACGGGACGUAAACUUUGUGCAGAGUUAUUUAUUCCACCAUCGGCCAGAGACACCACCAUUAUUUACUAAAAUGUUACCUUACAGUAAAGAACUACAGAAACAAAUAGAACUAAAAAAUCUAGCUUCCUUGAGAGAGCAAGAGAAAGAAAAUUUUGAAAGCCAAGCUGAGCAGAUAAACUUGGCUACAAGUUUAACAAAACAAAGAGAAGAUUAUUUUAAAGAGAGAUCCAGGAAGAUAAAUCUGUAUAAGACACUUCUGGACAAACAGGUACAAGAGAAGACAAUGAGCCAACAACAGAGUUGUGACAUCGAAGAGGAGGAGAAUAUAAGAGAGGGAGAAGGGGCUGGUUACUUUGGUAAAAACGAUGUAACGGCAGAGAUAUUGGCCGAGAAGAAGAGGAAGGCCAAUGAAGCUAUGAAAGAACAAUUCAAGAUGGUGGCUCAACGGAAACGAGAAGAAAUACUAAAAAGGAUGAAGGAGCAGCGGGAAGAGGAGAAAAUACUGAGGAAGAAUAGAACGGAUCUGCUAAACGACAGAGCUAUGAAAGGUCAACUUAAUUAUGAGCUGUACAAAGAUCUGGAGACUGACUGGAAACACCGUGCCAUGUUGAAACAACAGAACCUUCAGAAGGCCAAAGAGAAGGCUCAAGAGCUUGAUAUGUUGAUACAAGAUCAGUGUAAACGAUAUCAUCGCUGCCAACAGUGUAAGAGGUGUUUGUGGAAUCGAGGUUCCAGGAAUAUUUGGGCAGAUACAUAUUUUAUUCCUGGUUCCAGAUAUUUUAUAUGAAGUGGACGAUCAAAAAAUAAUUGUAGAAUUACUAUUUGAUUAGUGGUUUUAUUUACGAAUUAGGUUUUGGUUGCAGUCAUAUAUCGAGGUUUGUACAGUCCUUUAAGCAUAUACCAGAGGGAAAUUACAAUAUUCUUCAAUCAAUAAUAACCACUACUCAACAAUACUUUAACACCCAAAAUGUCUGUCAAUAUAAACAUAUUGGUUGAGUGCCAGCCAUAUUUUCUCUUCGAAACGUUAUUAUUAUUAUUAUUAUUAUUAUUAUUAUUAUUAUUAUUAUUAUUAUUGAGUGAGAGAGCAGUGCAUGCCAUCAAAGUGACACAGGGGUAAAAU